AUGGCUCAAACUAUCAUUCUGCUGAUGUUCGCUGUUCUACUGGCAGCUGUGCCCUGCCGUGGGGAGUACGGACAAUUCUAUUGUGGCAGGAGACUUGCCACGACUUUGGCGUUUCUGUGCGACAACGCGCCGUCUGUGAAGAGGGCUGGCCAGGAGCCAGAAGGGGUCACGUGGAUGUCGAUGGCGCGACACGUGCCGAGGAGUAUGGGCAGAAGCAAGCGCCAGGUGGCAUCGGAAUGCUGCACACAAGCCUUGCACCGUCGACGAGCUGAUCUUCUAUUGCCCGGUCUGAUGUACCACAGUGAAUGUUUAGAAAGGGGAAGAGAUGACGUCAUC